CAUACAGGAAGUGAUAGAGGAAGUAGCUUUGGAAUCGAUACAGGAGCAGGAGCAGUAUCUGUUUUACAGAGCAGGUUAAUAAAAUAUAGGCUGUAAUCUGCCUGCGCAGCGCUGCAACACCGAACACCAUGUCCAGGCAGUCUAACAGAUCCACUGACAGUAAGAAGAUGAAUUCUGAACUGUUUACUCUUACAUAUGGAGCCCUGGUCACUCAGCUAUGUAAAGAUUAUGAAAAUGAUGAAGAAGUGAACAAGCAGCUUGAGAAAAUGGGUUACAAUAUUGGAGUACGACUCAUUGAGGACUUCUUGGCUCGCUCCAGCGUAGGCAGGUGUCAGGAUUUCCGAGAAACAGCUGAUGUCAUUGCAAAGGUUGCCUUCAAGAUGUACCUGGGCAUCACCCCCAGUGUGACUAACUGGAGCCCUGCUGGAGAUGAGUUCUCUCUCAUCCUGGAGAGCAACCCACUGGUGGACUUUGUGGAGCUUCCAGACAACCACAGCACUCUAAUCUACUCUAACUUGCUGUGUGGAGUGCUGAGAGGAGCUUUGGAGAUGGUUCAAAUGGCUGUGGAUGUGCGAUUUGCUCAAGACACGCUAAGAGGAGACAAUGUGACAGAGAUCCGCAUGAAAUUCAUCAAGAGGAUUGAGGAAAACUUGCCUGCAGGAGACGAAUGAGGCUGUUGUGAUGUGUGAUGUGUGAUGUAUUCGUUCUGGAAAGCUCCAGCUCCUUGGACCUGAUAGACUUCUAUCGUGAAGUUUCGGUGGGAACCACAGACCUACAGUUAGUCAAAGAAAAAACAAACCAAGAAAAGAAAAACAUCGGACUCCCUUUCUGUCUCCUCAGGCAUCGCAGUACAGUACAUCCUCAGCCAUCUUUCUACUUUCUUUUUUUUUUUUUUUUUUGGGUUAGACAAUUGAAACCACCUGAGACUUUUCUGCUCUCAGUGAAUUCUCACUUCUCCUAACUUGGAGUUUUAUAUAGAGCCCUUUUCAGAUAUUCAGAGGUCAUCUCACUUGAUCUCAUUAGGAAGACUCAUGAAGUAGAUGAUUCUUGUGAUUGCUGUUGUUAUAAAUAUCCCAAAAAUCCGUAUGGAAUUUGUAAUCAAUGAAUAAGAAAUGUAUACCUAAUGUUUAGUCACAUUUUGAAUGAUCUUUGAGGAAAAUAAUAGUACCGCAGCACUAAGUGGUAUUGUUCUCUUUAGUUCAUCAUCAUUAUUUUGCUGAAUGAAAGAAACAGGGGACGUGUGUUCAGGCUCAUUUUAAUUUGGAUUGUAAUUGAGCACAGAUGUACCAUGUAUCCCCUUUUACUAGGGAUAUCUUUAUCUCCUCUCUUGGCCCCAUAUUGAAGAAGUUUUCAGUCUUGUGGAAUUUGCAUCUCAUAGUUUGGCAUAACUUGUAAAAAGCCAUGUGUUUCCUUUUUUUGAUUCUGUCUCUUUUUUCUGUCAUGUAAAGGAUAUGUGGCACAUGUGAGUGUAUUUAUUUACCAAUGGGAAAAUGUAUCAAAUGUAAUAAAUUACUAACUGAAUGAG